CUUCUGUUGGCAAAUGAGGCUGAUACCUGUGAUUUUCUUCUACAAGCUGAAACCAGACUCUUCCAAUUCAGACUACAGAGCAUGAAUGAUACAGAAUUAUCUAGAUAUCUGUCUCAUGUCGAAUCAAAGCUGAAGAAACUCCAUGAUUCCAUACAUCCAUCAUCUCCAGACUUGUCUCUAGUGGACCAAAUUCAGAGCAUUCUAUCACAGAUAAAAAGUUCCCCCAGAAGCUGGAGAAAGGUGGUGUCCUACAGUCAUGACAUAUGUAAAAAUUUAUCCUUCCGUGUCCCCUUUUCUGUUGUACCACAGUUAGUGGCUAAGAGAGAAGUUACCAUUCAAUAUGGACAGGCUGAUGUGCCAUACUGUUACCUACAUGAUGUGCUGGAACACUGCUUUAAGCUCAUUCUUCGUCAUGGCUUACAGAAGUGUAAAUCCAUGCAGGGAAGCUUGGAUAAGCGAUGUAGAAUACUCAGACAUAGAUUGCAGAUAAUAUUAUGGAAUAACUACAAGCCAUAUUCUGAUGUGUCUUGGGCAACCUCCUCUUCUUUGGAACAACAGGAAGUGAUGUCAGAGAGCAAGUUCUUCCCACCAUGUAUGUCAGUGCUAUUUCAGAAUCUUCAUGAAAACAACAGACUUCAGCACCAUUCCAGGAUCCAGCUGACAUUGUUCUUAAAAGAGAUUGGUCUGCCUGUCCAUGAGGCUUUACAGUUAUGGAGGCAUUAUUACAGCAAGGCCAGUGAUCCCCGGGGUGGUUGUCAUCACAAGUGGGAGGGGAACGAGUGGAGGUACCAGUACAGUAUUCGGCAUCUGUACGGACUGGAGGGGUCCCGUGUCAAUUACAGGGCGCACUGCUGUAUCUCCCUCCAGGAAUUUGUGCCGCCAUGUGGAAGUAGUGGAGGUUGUCCUUUCAAACAUUUUGAUAAUGCUAAACUGAUUCAUUUUCUGUCAGAGGAGAAAAUUGAAGACAUGGAGGACAUCAUGGACCUGAGGGGCCAAGGGCAGUUUUCCAAUGCCUGUUCCCUGUACCUGGGGAAAAAGACAGAAAACAUAUUACAAAGUCAAAUGCUUGCUGAGUUAAGACCAGUCUGUGAACCCUCAGCUAAAAGAGCAAGGUUAGAAACUGUUACUUCAGACAUUAAGAUACCAGACAAGAGUUCAUGUGUUAGUCCAGGAGAAAGUAAAGAGGAGCAGAUAACAACAGAAAAGUCCUCAAGUUCUAGCUGUUCAGGAUGUGAAUUAACCUCUACUCUAUCUACAAAAUGUACAGAAAAUAAAAGAACUGAACAGAGCUCUGCAGAUUCCAUGUUAAAACCAUUUGAGACAAAUUCUGAAAUAUCUUUUCAUGGUGAAGCAGAGGAUAGUAGGACGAUCAUAAAUGAAUGUGAGACAGAAACCAAGCAUUUACCCCAUGUUUCUUUUCAAAAUCAAAGAAAGAUGUCUAUCUCAAGGAAGUUUGAAAGCACCCUGGAUGUAAACUCAGAGAAUAAAAACAAUAGUGAACAGAAUACAACUGACAACAAGGAAACAGUCUUGUGUUAUUGUCAUGAUCUUUGUUUAUCUCAGAUUACAAAUGAGGAACAAUUGUCAAAAGACCAAAGAAAAGUAAAAGAAACUAAACCAAUUAUCAAACCAUCUGAGUUUUAUGUGAACUUCAAAAAUUUCUGCUCAAAUUCAAGGACAGCAUUGUGAAAAUUAAAAAAAAACUUGAA